AUGGCUGCGUCGCCGGAACAGGGACGGGAAGCGGAAGCAGCCCGAUGGUGGCGCCCCCGAGUGGUGUGUGGCGAGCGCGUAAAGGAAAAUACUUUAAAUAGUAAGAAGUCGCCAGUGUGUGGCAUCUUCGGUGAGCUCUCGUGCUCACAGGGUCUACUUCUGACAAGCAUGUGGUUCUGGAAGCUAUUACUCCUUUGGUCGGUCGCGGCCUUCGUCUCGGCCGAGGAAGCCGAUGACCGCAGCGCCUUCGCCGAGGCGAGCGCCUUCGCGGAGGCGAACGCUGGAGGAUUCGGUUUAGGAAGUCCGAUCACACCGCCCAUGCCACCCAUACCACCAAUGCCACCACUACCGCUACCAAUACCACCACCGAACCCGGAACCAAUAUGUCCACCACCGGUAGUGAUUCCUGGACCACCACGGCCAUACCCAGUGCCAGUGCCCGUUCCUGGCCCGCGGGUCAUGGUGCCUGUCCCCGUCCCGGUCCCAUCACCUCCAGAAAAGAUCUACGUGAGAGGUCCCUCGGUACCGGUUCCCGUACCGGUCGAUAAGCCUUACCCGGUUCCUUACCCCGUCAAUCGACCAUACCCAGUCCCGACCCCGCCGCAAAUAAUAAAAGUCCCGUUACCGGUACCCGAACCUGUUCCAGUCCCAGGACCGACCAGAAAUGUACCGGUUCCUGUUCCCGUGCCAUCACCGCCAGUACCUGUGCCAGUCCCCGUACCGGUUCCCGGACCAGCUAGGAACAUCCCAGUCCCAAUUCCUAUGCCGUCUCCACCAAUGCCAGUACCUUAUCCAGUCAACAGGUACAUUCCCGUCCCUGGCCCAGACAGAUUAGUACCAGUCCCAGUACCUAUCACGCCUCCCAUAUGUAGAGGAAGACUCCCACUUACACCAUUCAGCUUAGCUGGUGAUAGCUGCCGUAUACAUACUUGCAAAAUCAGAUACAAUUAUGUAUACAUCGAGUCCCAAAUCAUACCCGGCUGCGGUGGUGGUUGGGGAAUAACAUCAAGCGCACAAGCUUCUGCAGAAGCAGACGCAUAUAGCGGUGGUGGUUGGGGAGGUAGUUCAGCGGAAGCCAUUGCCAAUGCCAACGCAGGCGGAUAUGGAGGUUGGGGUGGCAGUUCAGCUGACGCAAGUGCCAUAGCCAAUGCUAAUGGAGGAGGUUGGGGAGGAAUAGGAGGCAGUUCAGCUGACGCUAGCGCUAUAGCAAAUGCAAAUAGCGGAGGCUGGGGAGGAUAUGGAGGCGGAAGCAUAGCUGAUGCUAGUGCUUUGGCAAAUGCAAACAGUGGCGGUUGGGGUGGAUACGGAGGCGGAAGCAUCGCUGACGCCAGUGCUUUGGCAAAUGCAAAUAGCGGCGGCUGGGGAGGCUAUGGAGGAGGAAGCAUCGCUGACGCCAGUGCUUUGGCUAAUGCAAAUAGUGGAGGUUGGGGUGGAUACGGAGGCGGUAGCAUAGCUGACGCUAGUGCUUUAGCAAAUGCAAAUAGCGGAGGUUGGGGUGGAUACGGAGGCGGAAGCAUCGCUGACGCCAGUGCUUUGGCUAAUGCAAAUAGCGGCGGCUGGGGAGGAAUCGGAGGUGGAAGCAUAGCUGACGCUAGUGCUUUGGCUAAUGCAAAUAGCGGAGGUUGGGGUGGAUACGGAGGUGGAAGCAUCGCUGACGCCAGUGCUUUGGCUAACGCAAAUAGCGGCGGCUGGGGAGGAUACGGAGGUGGAAGCAUAGCUGACGCUAGUGCUUUGGCUAAUGCAAAUAGCGGAGGUUGGGGAGGUUAUGGAGGCGGAAGCAUCGCUGACGCCAGUGCUUUGGCAAAUGCAAAUAGCGGCGGCUGGGGAGGCUAUGGAGGUGGAAGCAUAGCUGACGCUAGUGCUUUGGCUAAUGCUAAUAGCGGAGGUUGGGGAGGUUAUGGAGGCGGAAGUAUCGCUGACGCCAGUGCUUUGGCAAAUGCAAAUAGUGGAGGAUGGGGAGGAUACGGCGGAAGCUCAGCUGACGCUAGCGCAAUAGCUAAUGCCAAUAGUGGAGGUUGGGGAGGAUACGGAGGCAGCUCAGCUGACGCCAGCGCAAUAGCAAAUGCAAACAGCGGAGGUUGGGGAGGAUAUGGGGGAAGCUCAGCUGACGCUAGCGCAAUAGCAAAUGCAAACAGCGGAGGCUGGGGAGGACUCAUCUCACCACUUUACCUCAAAGCCGGUGAAGAAGAAGCACAAGACAAAUAA